CCGGCGCUGAAGACGCGUCUAUGUUUUAUCACAUGGCAUGUUGUAUUGUAUUCGCGUGCAUGUAAUACGUGCGUACGUACAGUGGGUCUACGUAGCGUGCUGUGUAACCGUUUUUUGGGGGGCACACGUACAAUGGAGGAUUUUCAAUGUCGAUCUUGUCCAUACUGCGUGGGAUAUUUCCGUUUCUGUUGAACCCUAUGGCUCCAGGGAACAUGAAAUCUGACAUAGUGGGACUCCAGCGCAACAAGAUCGUCAGCAAGGGUGCCUUGUCACGGAAAGCCCUGGCCCGGAUCGGGCAGAACGAGGAGUUGUCGUCCGCACCCGGCGUCAUCAACAACAUGGCGAUGCUGACGACGGGUAUGCAUACGACGACCACGGGAGACUCCAACCCCAGGGCCCCGUCGCUCGCGGCAGCGUUGGGCGAUGGCACAAAGAACUCCGGGCCGGGCGGUGGUGUCGAGGAGACGGAUGAGGAGCCCCUGAUGUUGUUGGACGAGGGGAAGGUCCUGGAGACCCACGAGGUGCAGCACCUGAAGGCGCUGUCCAUGCUUCACCUGGACGUCAUCGAGCAGCAACAGCAAGAAUUGCAGAGGCGAGAGAAGGAACUGCAGAAGGUCCGGGCGCAGAACGACACGUUGAAGGCUCGCCUCGAGAGAAUUCAGAGACGAACGGUCUUGGCACAGAAGCACCGAGAACCACUGCCCAACCAUAUACACAUACCGGCACCAGUCUCAAGUGACUCAUCAUGUACUAAUAAGAGAAAAAGUAGCACUGAGCCCACCACCCCCAUCAAACGACAGCAAACAGAGAGGGAUGCCACGCCCUCCAAGUCCCCCACCCUGUCGCCAGCUGGUACGCCCACCAGCGCCCGGCGCAGGCAGAUCAAGCUCCAAGCCAAAGAGCGUGUCCGGGCGAGGGACCCGCGGCUGCUGUCGUCCGCCUCCCGGACAAAAGAGGAGCGCCCACCGAAGCGGGAGGAACGGACCUUGAGGAAGGACAGUCAGGGGUCAAAGGCCAAGGAGGACAAGAGGAAUGGAGGGGAGCCAGAGAGGGGCGGAGUCAAGGGGGAGCAGUACUUGAAGACAGAGGUGAUCUACCCGUGCCUGAGCGACUUGAGGGUGAUGGAUCCAGACCCCGCCCUCCCAGAAGGGCAGACAGAAGUUCAAGUUCCGUCUUGGAGGAUCAACAUUCUAAGUAGCUCCAAUUGUGCGGAAAUUGUUGAGGACUUGGAAGAAACCACCUUCGAGCGUCGCCACCAGAAGUACGAGGUGGCGGAGCAGAAGCGUAAGCGUUGGGACAUCCAGCGCGUCCGGGAGCUGAGGGAGCACGAGCGGCUGGAGCAGAAGAUGCUGCGGCGCGAGUACGGAAACUGGGACGACGUGCUCAAGACCUUCUACCCAGAGCCCUCUGACGCAUGUCAACUUCAAGUCUCCGAUACCAUUCCACUUGUGGCAUUUGGGGUGCAAGUGCCGGUCGCUAAAGACGGUGAAUUUGAGCUUCCGUGGUUUGACGUGAACAAACGUGAAAAGGAAGAGACUAUGAGGCAGACUAGAAGUCGAACCAAUCGGAGAUGAGCUGAGAUGAGCGCCUUGGCCCAUGCAUCACAGUACGCAGUGCCCUGAUUGGAUGGUUGUGUCUUACAUCCACCACUCCAGCCAAUCGCAAUCUGUUUUUCAAAAUCGAUAGACAUGUGAGCUUUGUUCUAGGAAGGUGGUGUUGGAUUGGAUAAUGUAUUACGAGUGAAAGAUGAAACAGAAACUGUCCUUGAAUUUUUGCUGUUUUUGACCAGUAAAACAAUUCACCAAAAAUUUCAUGAAAAUUUUUUGCAGCCGGGGCUAUGUUCAAGUUGUUAAUGAAAUUUCCAUUUUCCCCUCCGAAAGGAAGUAAGGUUUGCUGUCUCAGUUCUGGCGAUAACUGUUGAUGGUUAAUGGAAAAAAAAACAAUCUGAAGUUCUGGUGGAUUGCCUGUAACAGGUUACAAGAGAGUGGCAUUUUUUAGAGCAGUGUUGGAAGAGAAUUUCUCUUUUUAGCAAAUGGAUAAUUGCGUUAAAAAAAAACUUGUUGGUGCUUUGAGGUACUUAAACUUUGAGAUGUUCCAAGCAACUAGCCAGUGAGAAAGGGAGUCUUGUGCGCAGAGUUCUGGGCGUGUGCUAUGUAGAACUUCACCCUUUGUUUUCCACAGGCGAACACCUGCCUGGUACCCAGCAGUUUGAGGAGGGGCCUUUGAACUAACAAGCAGGGACAUGUU